GGGCCUGCGCCGCUCGGUUCAGGAGGACAGUGAGGUGCCGGAGCGAGAAGGGCAGCGAUGGAACGGACUGCCCAGGGAGGGGCUGGAGUCGCUGUCCCUGGCGGUGUGUAAGGAAAGGCUGGAUGUGGCACUCUAGAUGCUCUAGAUGACAGGUGAUGUUCGGUCACAGGUUGGACUCGAGGAGAGCAGAGGUCUUGUCCAGCCUCGCCAGUUCUCUGAUUCCAUGAUGGAAUGCUGUGCGACUUGGUGCCGACAGUCUCUAAAACACCAGGAGCAGAAGGCAGAGACAUAGAGCUCUGUGAUUUGAGAGGAGUAAUUAAUUGGCCUGACCGUAAGCUUGGCACAUACGUACGUUUUGACCAGGUUUAUAUGAAUUUUUAAGAAAAAUAAUAGGUUCUUGUAUCAGUGAAUCCAAGAACCAAAAUCAAACACAUCAAAGCAUGGGACAAAAUCAUGACAAGUCUGCCAGCACACACAUCCUGGUGUAAUCACACCAAAGUAGAGGCAGUUGUGGUAUAUAACAUAAAAACUGCUUAAAAUACACAUAUAUCUUUGAUACAUACAAAAGAACUUAAAAACUUAGGGUGCUGGUUUUUUUCCCUAAAGCCCUCUCCACAGAACAGUGUUCUGGCAUCUUUUUGCCCAUCAUCCCCCGCUUUAUAUCAAGGAUAGAAUCUUGCAGAAUGUUUGCAUUUUACUCAGCUUUUUCAAGAUAUAAUUUGGGUUUUUUUAACAUGCAGUGACUCUUCUUUCUCAGGAUGACAGGAACAGAUGUGUUUGGAAUUACUGUACCUCUUAUUACCAGCACUACUGGCGAUAAACUGGGAAAGACUGCUGGAAAUGCAGUUUGGCUGAACAGGGAUAAGACCUCUCCAUUUGAGCUGUAUCAGUUUUUUGUCAGACAGGAAGAUAAUGUAGUUGAAAAAUACCUGAAACUAUUCACCUUCCUUCCUCUUGAGGAGAUUGCCCACAUCAUGGAAAUGCAUGCUAAAGAACCUGAGAAAUGGGGCCCUCAGAAACGACUGGCUGCAGAAGUAACUAAGCUUGUCCAUGGUAGAGAGGGGCUGGAAUCUGCUAAGAGGUGCACUAAGGCCCUUUAUUACAGCAGUGUGGAGGCACUGGAAGAAAUGUCUGACCAAGAGUUACAGGAGCUUUUCAGACAAACUGCUUCUGCUGAAUUGAUGCUUGAACCUGGGAUGACUGUUCUUGACUUGUGCCGCAAAGCAAAUGCCAUUCCAGAUGGACCUAGUGGGUACAGGAAAAUUACAGAUGGAGGAGUUUCAAUAAAUGGGAAUCGUGUAACGAAUCCUGAGACUGUUCUUAUUCUGGGACAGCAUAUUCUGAAGAAUGGAGUAUCAUUACUUAGGGUUGGAAAGAAAAAUUAUUACAUUAUAAAGUGGCUGCAGUUGUGACUACAGAGUAUCUCCCUAAAAUGACAGAUCAGUUUAACUCUGCUGCUUGAAGAUGUACUUGAAGAUGUUUCUGUAGUGUGCAUUUCCACACAGCUCACAGACUAUCCAGUAUCAGUUUCCUUUUCAAAAGAGUUCAACAGAGUUCAAAUAAAGGAGCUGAGUUGUACCACUGAAGAGAUUGUAGAUGCUCUGCCUUAUUCAAAGCACCAGUCAUAAGGACCUGCACAAGAAAAUGAAAAGAUUAAUUUCAAAGUCCAGCAAUGGAGAUGUGCAUCCCCUCCUUUAACAGCCUUCUGUGCUGUAGGAAAACAGUGGCCAGUUAUUCCACAGGAUAACUCACAGGAAAAUGAGCCAAAGCAAACUCAAACCCACUCCUUACGGCCAAUGUGUGCUCAUGUAACCAAGAACCUUGCUAGGGACAAAGACAACCAUGGUCAUCUGUCUCUGAACAGGUUUGUUUUGAAUGAAGCUGCAGAAAAUUUAUAAUAAAGGACUAAAUGAUUAAACAUGGAA